GAAUCAUGUAUUGCAUGUCUACAGAAAGUACCGUAAUAAGCUUGCAACUCUCCCGCAAACCACUAAUCGAUAAUUGCAACGUAUGCAUAAGAAGGGAAGAAAGACGUAUAUUUUCAGUUGUUACUCGAGACUGUAUAUUUCCAUUUGAAUUUACCAAAUGUGCAGCAACUGAACUGCGGAAAUACCACCAAAUCCAAAAUAAUCAUAAAUUCAGUUACGAAAUUUGCAGUGCUGAAUGCAUAUUUCGAUAUCUUCUUCUAUGGAGGAUAUUAUGUGGCUGUUUAAAACCCGUACGCAGAUGUCUGCUGCCACAGGGUAAAUGAAACUGUACGAAUAGAUAUCGUUGCUGUCCUGACGUCAGUCAAGUCUCUCUUUUCGUUUUAUUGCAAUUUGCACUUUAACCAAAACCGAUUCCUUAUAACUACAGACUUAACUGUGACGGUUAGCAGCGUAAUACUUCAAAACAAAAACACGGGCUUGACGCUUACGUUAACGGAAUAAACAAUUGGUGCAUUAGAACAAUUGCUUUUUCACUUAUUCAUUGUUUACUUCCGGUACCACAGUGCCGGAUGGCUUGUUGGUUGCUAGGAGUGAUGAAGGGGGUGUAACUGAUUGCAGGCUUAGCGAUCGCUCGGGAUGGCAUAUAGUUCAGGUACCAGACAUGACUGAAAAAGAAGAAAGUAUUAAAGAUGCAGAAGCUGUUGAUUAUGAAGAUGACUUUGAAAAGGACUUGGACUGGUUAAUUAAUGAAGAGGGGAAAGCACAAUGUGAUGGUUCAGAGGAAGAAGAUGAUGAUGAUAUUGAAAGAAAAAUAGACAAAGAAUUGGAAGAUGAGGAAAGAGAAGAAAGUAAAAGUAGUGAGCACGUGCAACUGACGGAUAAUUUUCACCAAGAAAAUGAAGAUCUGUAUGUUAAGGAGUCUUUAUAUCUCAGUGAUCAACAUGCUACAUUGUCAGAACUGGAUGGUGAGGAAAGUUUCCUGGAUAAAGUGCUGUUUGGUCCUGAGGAAGAAGAUGAUAAAGAAGAUGAAGAAGCAAAAAAAUAUAUUUUAGAGAAAAUAGAGCAAGCUAACAAACAGCUGGAGGAUGAGGAACCAGUAAAUGAAAGCAGAGAGCGCAGACUGAAAUUCAAAGAAAAUCUGAUUGACUUUGAGGUGCCACCUUUAGAGUAUGUUGAGUUAGAUGAUGAUGAUGGUAUUAAUUGCAAUGAUGGUGACAUUUCUGGAAGAAUGUCAGUAAUGAAGAUUUCUAAUAACGAUGAGCCUGAAAUUUCCCCCAUUUCAAUAGGAAGUGCUAAAGAUCAAGAGAAUAAAGACAAGAAAGUAUUAAUAGAAAGGGAUGGAAAAUUUGAACUUCUGAGCUUACAGGAUAUUGAGAGCCAGUCUUUCUUGCCUGUUAUAAAUGGUGGUUCAGAUGAUACUGAUUCAAAGCAUAGCUCUCCAAGAUCUUCACAUAUACUUGGUUUUGAUACUAAAGAUGACAGUACAUCAUUUAGUCAGGACAGUACAGGAUUUUCUUCAUCUGGUAGUGAACUCAACUAUUUACCUAGACCACCAACUGCUCCUAAAGGGCGUCCAAGUUCAGCAGCUACUGUGGGGAGAAAUGCAAGAAAAAAGACAUCAACUCGAAGAGUGCAGUCUGCAAAUCUGCCGGCAAGAAGGUCUACAUAUUGUCUUACACCAGAACAAAAACAGCUUCAAAAGAAGAUUGAACAGAGCAGAGCACAGCAAAGAAAAGAGCUGCAGAGGAGAGAGCUCACAACCUGGAGGCCCAUGCAGGGUACCUGGCCAGGUAGCACCGAGAGUGUGGAGGAAGCCAUAAAAAGAGAGGAAGAAGAACAAAAAAGGCAGGAAAAUGAGUUGGCUUUCCAAGCAUGGCUGCAGAAGAAAAAAGAGCAACUGAAGGAAGAAAGGAGAGUUCAGCGUGCAAAGAAUAUAGAACUAAACAGUUGUAAGGAUCAGAAUGUCCGAGAUCCAAGUGAGGCUUUCAAGAUGUGGAUGAAGAAAAAACAUGAAGAAAACAUAAGGGAAAAACUAGUGGAACAAAUGAAAAGACAGGAAGAAGAAAACAACUUCUUAAUACAUGAGAAAGAAGAGUGUGAAAGAGCUUUUAAGCUAUGGCUAAGAAGAAAGAAGGCUGAGAAAAGGACAGAACAGCUUGCUGCUAAAGAGCGAACAAGAAGACUUAUAAUAGAAGCAAGAAAAGCACGUCGCACACAAGAUCUACUAUGCCGUAUCCACACGGCCAAUUCAUUUAGAUUUAUUGAUUAUCAUGGCUACACAUUUUAGAGCAAUCAGAAGACAAAUCUAGGAAACCACACAUUUUGUGUGCUUUGAUUAAUGUACCUAAUACCUAAUUUCAUUGUUGUUUUUAAAGUGCUUCUAGUUCACUAGUGGCCAUGUUAGCAAAAUUGUAUUUCAGAUCCAAUAAAAUUACCUAGAGAAAGCAUUAAAACAAUAUUUUUCUAGCAAAAAUGAAUAUAUAUUUUUCUGUAUGCUUUACUUUAACAUCCAGACAUCCCUCACUUAUAUUUUGCACUUGCUAUAGUCCCCUUAAUUAGUAAAGAUAGUCUACUGAUUUUAAAUCAAUACAUUUUCUGAAAUUUG